AUGGGUGCAUCUGAAACUAAAUCAAAAUUCGAGCAUGGAAAUAUAAUUCUACAGACAGCUAAAAGCUAUUAUGUUCCUGGCGAAGAAGUGCAAGGGAACAUUUAUCUCUCCCUCGAUCAGUCCUUCCCAGGUACUCUGCUUGAGCUCUUAGCCAAAGGGAAAGAAGAAGUUAAGUUUGAAGAUGAGAGAAGUUGUUGAGGUAAUAAUUAUUACACCAAAGAUUUUUCUGAAAAACGUAAGAUUUUCAAGUUCAGAGAAACGAUCCACAACUUUGAGGGAGAUUCUAUCCCGACUGGACAGUACUGUUUUCCUUUUAAGUUGCUUUUGCCUGAAGGUAUCCCCUCUAGUUGUCUUUAUCAGAUAGAUGAUUUUUCUCAAACUCAGGGAAAAGUAAAAUAUAAAAUAUCAGCAAUUUUAACUUGAAAUGAAGAUGAAAUGAAGGAUAUGACAUUUAAGCAAACUCUUGUAGUAAGACAACAACCAGAAAUUGUUGGAACCAACUCUAAAGCUACUUGUGAUGCAGAAGUCAAUACUUGUUGCUGCUUUUGCUCCCAAGGAUACGCUCGAAUGAAGGCUGAGACAGAAAGAACUGAUUAUCGUCCAGACCAAACUGUAAAAAUAGUGACUCACAUUAAGAACAAAUGUAAGAGGGAUAUUAAAAAGGUCAAAGUUCAGCUUAUUCAGAGAAUUGAGAUGAAUGCUCUUGAAAAAUAACAGACAUGUAUUUGACUAUAUGGAAGCAUUUGAGAGAGAUCCAUUUGGAACUGAUGGACAAAGAAGAGUUUAUAUUUUAUAUAAAUAAAGUGUUACUUAGUAAGGAAUAUGAGGGAAUACUAAAGGGAGAAGAAUCUAAUGCAGGCCAACAACAUUUGCUACUCCCUUUAAAGGAGAAAGAGGAAAUGUAUGAUGAAGAUGACCUUAUUAUGAGGAAGGGAAUCCAGCCUACUUCAAUUGGGAAAUUGAUGUCGAUUAAUUAUGAAUUAAAGAUCAUACCAGAUUAUGGAAUAAAAUGUGGAUGUUGUUUGCCAGAAAUAAGUAUAGAUUUAUUCAUAUCUCCUCCUCAACUACCAAGCUAUCAAGUCUUAGAAGGACCUGUUGAUUGGGAGCCUGAAGUAUUCGAGACUAAAACAUUUUGUGACCCAAUUCCUCUCUACGAAGAAGAGCAAGAAAGUUCAUAAAAUCCCCAAAAAUCUUAUCUAACAAAUCUAAAAGCCAAUAAGUACACUUAAAUUCU